CAAGCCAAAUUUGAAGAACUUAAUUUCCAGAUUCUGGAAAAAAAAUGACAGUGAUGAAGAUUGCUUUAAGAUCCAUCAUCCCGAGCUGUUCAAAGGGUGUUGUGAAACCAGAUAGUAGACCUAAGAAGGAAGUUUCAAAGCAAAGUUCAUUCACGAGGUUCGCCAUGUUAGACUUAAGUUAUCCGAGCUCGACGAUGUUGUCGGAAGAUUUGUCGACCUCGCUCGCCGGUUCGAAUCUUCAUGCGUUUACGCUCGGGGAGUUGAAGGUGAUAACACAGAGCUUUUCGUCGGCUAAUUUUCUCGGCGAAGGUGGGUUCGGACUGGUUCAUAAAGGGUUCAUUGAUGACAAACUUAGGCCUGGGUUGAAAGCUCAGCCUGUUGCUGUUAAGAACCUGGAUUUAGAAGGUCUGCAGGGUCAUAGAGAGUGGCUGACUGAAGUGAUCUUUCUUGCACAAUUGAGGCACCCGCAUCUGGUGAAGCUGAUCGGAUAUUGUUGCGAAGAAGAAAAUAGGGUGCUGGUGUAUGAAUAUAUGCCUAGAGGCAGCUUAGAGAAUCAACUUUUUAGAAGGUAUUCGGUUUCCCUUCCAUGGGCGACGAGGAUGAAAAUCGCUCUUGGAGCUGCCAAGGGUCUUGUCUAUCUCCAUGAAGCAGAAAAGCCGGUCAUUUACCAUGAUUUCAAAGCAUCAAAUAUCUUGUUAGACUCUGUAAGUAUAGCCUUGGCUUCUUUCUCAAGUAACCUUAAUCUUUCUAGUUUAUUGAUGCCAUGUUUGGACCACGACUACAAUGCUAAACUUUCGGAUUUUGGCCUGGCGAAAGAUGGUCCGGAAGGGGAUGACACGCAUGUUUCCACAAGGGUCAUGGGGACAGAAGGUUAUGCUGCUCCUGAAUACGUCUUGACCGGUCACUUGACCUCUAUGAACGAUGUCUAUAGCUUCGGAGUGGUACUCUUGGAGCUUCUAACCGGAAGGAGAUCUUUAGACAAGAACCGUAGUCCAAUACAACAGAACUUGGUAGAGUGGGUGAGGCCGGUGUUGAAUGAUCAUCGGAAACUUGGUCGGAUAAUAGAUCCUAGACUCGAAGGGCAAUACUCAGAAAUCGGGGCACGAAAGGCGGCUGCAUUGGCUUAUCGAUGCCUCGGCCAACGGCCGAAGCAGAGACCAAAAAUGUGUGAUGUGGUCCAGACAUUGGAGUCACUUCAGGACUGUGAAGAUAUCCACAUUGGUACCUUUGUUUACACGGUUCCAACCGAAAGUGGUUCGCCGAAGGAGGACAAGGACACCGAGGAAAGUGACUCCAAAAAGGAGUUGAAGAAAGAUGAUGGGAAUCAUCAAAGAAGCCACAAACUCCGUCAUGGACAGCGGCAUCGGAACAGAUCACCAAGGAUGUCUCCGAUUCACUCGAAAAACGACGUCGUUAAAAACGGGUCGAAUUCUCCAAUGCAUCACUAG